AAUUCCACUCGUGCAAUACCUUCUGUCCAUGGAAUAACUUGCAUCAUUUGCGGAAAGUUGAAACGGGUAAUUUCAACCAAUUUUCUAUUCUUCGAUAAAAUUGGUUUCAAUGAUAUGAAUUCAAUGUUGAGUCCACAUACGCAAGCGCAAUGUUCCAUACCAAACCGAAUUCCAGUUUUGCUAUAUGCGCCUGAUCAGUCACAUCGAAGCAUUCAGUCAUGGAAAAUAUAGUUGGAAUAGCUAAGGCGGAGGAGAAUUUGAAAUACGCCACGAGAUUCGUGAAACCGAUUUUGGCAACGAUCGGUGCAUGGCCGAUUUCAUCUUCUACCUCUUUCUUUUUAAAAGUAUUCCAAAGAUUGGGGCAUAUAUUCACAUAUUUUCUUUUUUUUCUGAUAAUGAUUCCAACUCUGAUGUACGUGUUUCUGAAAGAGAAGAACAGCAAGGUGAGGCUGAAGCUUAUGGGGCCGAUUAUUAAUUGUAGCAUGCAAUUCUUCAAGUAUACCAUCAUUCUUUGGCGAAGAAAAGAGAUCCAAGAAGGAUUACACGCGAUUAGACAUGAUUGGAUACAAGCCACGGAAGAAGAGCGAUUGAUUUUUCGCUCGAAAAUGAAGAUCGGAAGGAGGGUUGUCUUGAUCGCUGCAUUCACUAUGUAUGGCGGCGGUUUAUGCUAUCGGACGAUCCUUCCCCUUCUGAAGGGGACUGUCAUUACUGCUGGCAAUGUUACUAUUAGACCGUUACCUUGUCCCAGUUAUUUCAUUAUUAUAAACGAACAACAAUCGCCGAUUUAUGAAAUAUUGUUUGUGCUACAAAUUAUGGCUGGAAUGGCAAUUUACGCAGUGAUCAGUGGUAGCUGUGGUAUUUCCGCACUGUUGGUCCUUCAUGCGUGCAGUAUGCUGAGGAUCCUAGUGAAUAAGAUAAAGAAAUUAGUGGAUAAAUCAGAUAUGUCUGAAAUGAUGCUGCAAAGAAAGAUCAUGGAUAUUGUUGAAUAUCAAAUGAAAAUAAAGAGAUUUUUAAAAAAUAUUGAAACAGUUACAGAAUACAUAUGUUUAAUCGAAAUGAUCGGUGGUACGUGUCUGAUCUGUCUUGUGGGUUAUUGUAUUCUAAUGGAAUUGGAGAAUACUAAUACAAUGGCUGUCGUGGUCUAUAUCACCUUACAAAUAUCUAUCAUUUUCUGUGUUUUUAUACUUUGUUACAUUGGACAAAUGCUUGUAGACGAGAACUACAUUGUAAGCCAAGCAUCAAGUACAAUAAAUUGGUAUCGUCUUUCGAUCAAAAAUAUGCGUUGCUUGAUACUAAUUAUCGCUAUGUCUAAUUAUCCAAUGAAACUCAAAGCUGCCAAAAUGAUGGAAAUGUCUUUAACUACUUUCACCGAUGUUAUGAAAAUGUCAAUGGGAUACUUGAACAUAUUACGUGAAGUCAUUUAAACCAUUAUUACUUACGUGCAAGUUUCCCAUUAAAAAUUAUGUAGAAACAAUUUUAUAUCACAUAUUCUGGCUUUUUUAAUAAGAUAAGGACUCGGCAAUGUCCGAUCAUGUGUCUUCUUCACUUAUGUAUAAUUUAUUUUAAAAUUUAUUUUAUUAUAUCUAAUCCAAACAUCCUCAGACAUAUAAUAUAUAUUUGAAAAUUAUGUAUGCAGCAUUGAA